GCCUGCGCGCAAAAACUCCACUCCAAAUGAUUCCAGGGCAGCCACGUAGAGCUCGAGAGAGACGUCUGACUUGAUCUUUUCUAAAACAAAGCGUAAAUGAUUGCACCUCUACACUUGUGAAGGAAAGCCUUUAUCCCGGGGAAAGGGAUUGUUUUUUUUUUGUUGUUCUUAAGGGCAGUAACGAUGCAGCAGGAGGAUGCGGGGCCGCGCUCCGGUACAGAAGAGUCUCCUACUGACGACACCGCGGGCAAACAAGCCGUUUCCGUGCUUCUGUCUUUCGGAAAGUGCCUCGGCGCGCUGCUGCCCGUCUACCUGGCUGGAUAUUUCGGCUUCAGCCUCACUUUGGUCCUGUUCGGCCUCGCUGUAUAUAUGGGAUGGCAGCAGCACCGCGAUCGGAAGCUUCAACGCCUUCAAAGCGCGAUGUAUUUACAGGAAAAUGAGCAGGAUUUCACCACAACACGAGUGUACAAGAGCAAACGAGACUUGCCUGCAUGGGUGAGUUUCCCAGAUGUGGAGAAAGUUGAAUGGCUUAAUAAGAUCCUGAAGCAAGCCUGGCCUUUUGUGGGCCAAUAUUUAGAGAAGCUUCUGGUGGAGACGAUUGCACCUUCGAUCAGAUCCUCCAAUGCUCAUCUGCAAACAUUCAGCUUCACCAAAGUUGACCUGGGGAACAAGCCUGUGAAGGUGGUUGGAGUGAAGGCCCAUACUGAGCAAGAUAAACGUCAGGUGUUGCUUGACCUGUAUAUCAGCUACGCUGGCAACGUGGAGAUCAACGUGGAGGUGAAGAAGUACUUCUGCAAAGCUGGAGUGAAAGGAAUACAGCUGCAUGGAACGCUGAGGGUGAUCCUGGAACCGUUGAUCGGAGAUGUUCCUCUUGUUGGAGCCAUCACCAUGUUCUUCAUCCAGAGACCUACGCUGGAUAUCAACUGGACAGGACUCACAAACUUAUUGGACAUUCCAGGUCUGAAUGCCAUGUCGGACACUAUGGUAAUGGACGCUAUCUCCUCUUUCCUGGUGCUUCCAAACCGCCUCACUGUCCCUUUGGUGGCUGAUUUACAAGUAGCGCAGCUCCGCUCACCACUUCCAAGGGGCAUCGUGCGAAUCCACUUGCUGGAAGCCGAGAACCUGGUCGCCAAGGACAACUUCAUGAAGGGCGUGAUCACUGGCAAGUCAGACCCGUAUGCCUUGGUGAGGGUGGGCACGCAGACGUUCACGUCACGCCACGUAGACAACAACCUCAACCCACAGUGGAGGGAGAUGUACGAGGUUAUAGUUCAUGAGGUUCCUGGCCAAGAACUGGAAGUGGAGGUAUUUGAUAAAGACCCUGAUCAGGAUGAUUUCCUAGGAAGGAUCAAGUUGGACUUGGGGAUUGUUAAGAAAGCACGAGUUCUGGAUGAGUGGUUUAUCCUGAAGGAUGCACCAACUGGAAAGGUUCAUCUCAAACUGGAGUGGCUUUCACUGCUGCCCUCUGCAGAGCGCCUUACUGAGGUCCUCCAGAAGAACCAAAACAUCACCACUUUCGGUACGACCGCUGAUCCUCCCUCCUCCGCCAUCUUGACCGUGUACCUGGAUCGGGCCCAGGAUCUUCCUAUGAAGAAAGGCAAUAAGGAUCCUAGUCCUUUGGUGCAGCUUUCUGUUCAGGAUACCAGCAAAGAGAGCAGGACUUCUUAUGGUUCAAGCAGCCCAGUCUGGGAGGAAGCUUUUACUUUUUUUAUCCAUGACCCUCGCAAACAGGACCUCGACAUUCAGGUGAAAGAUGAUGACAGAUCUCUGUCUCUGGGUAAUCUGUCCAUCCCUCUGUCUCGCUUGCUUUCUAUCGCUGAGCUCAAAAUGGACCAGUGGUUUCAGCUGGAGAACUCGGGCCCUGCGAGUCGCAUCUAUUUGACCGUCAUACUGAGGAUACUUUGGGUUAAUGAAGGAGCCAUUCCCACCUCACCUGUAUCCCCACUUCCUUCUGAUCCAUUCUUUGGAGGAGGAGAGGAAGGUAACAUUUCAGACAUGACAUCAGCUGGGACCAAGAUUUUACCUACUCGUCCACAGCACACAAGCCCGGAUGCUAAUUUUGCCAUGGAGGGUGUUCUGAGGAUCCACUUGAAGGAAGCCCAGGCUCUCAUAGCUAAAGAUAGCUUUAUGGGUGGUAUGGUGAAGGGCAAAAGUGAUCCUUAUGUAAAGAUCCGUGUGGGAGGGACUACCUUCAAGAGCCGAGUAAUAAAGGAGAACCUCAACCCUGUCUGGAAUGAACUUUACGAGGUCAUUCUCACGGCUCUCCCAGGCCAAGAAGUGCAAUUUGAUUUGUACGACAAAGACGUGGAUCAGGACGACUUUCUCGGCAGGUUCAAGCUGAGUCUAAGUGACAUCAUUAGCUCGCAGUUUACUGAUCAGUGGUACGACUUGAAUGAUGUGAAAUCGGGACGAGUUCAUCUGAUGAUGGAAUGGGUGCCGAGAGUUUCAGACCCGACCCGACUUGAACAGAUUUUGCACUACAAGUCUCAGCAGUCGUACGUGAAUAAAACAGUGCCGGCUGCAGCCAUUCUCUUCGUGUAUAUGGAGCGAGCCCAUGGUCUGCCUUUAAAGAAGAAUGGACAUGAGCCAGUUGUGGGAGCUGAGCUGAUUCUCAAGAAUGUUUCUUCCAAGAGUAAACUUGCUGAGCGCUCUAUAUCUCCACACUGGGAUGAAGCAUUCUGCUUUUUGGUCCAUGACCCCAGAGAGGAAAUGCUUACUGUCAGACUUUCUCACAGCUGGGGCCAGCCCCUGGGUGCAGUGGUGCUACCUGUAAAAAACCUACUAAAGGAACCAGCCUUAGCUCUGGAUCAGUGGUUCCCUCUGGAUGGGGCCCUGCCUGAAAGUGAGAUAUUGUUAAGGGCAGAGCUCAAGCUGCUUCACUCUAAGUUAGUAGAAGGUGACCAUGCUAUGAGUGGCAGUGAAGAGGUGGUGCACAGAAUCCCCAGUGCUGAGACAGAAGUUGCAGCCAAUCAGGAGCUCAGAUACAGGACAGCUCCUGCCCAGGGAGGCGGAGAGGCUGGAGCUAGUGGGCGGGGUCAGGUGAAGCUCUCUGUAGCUUACUCGACUGAGGAGAACAGACUGGUCAUCACUGUCCAUGGCUGCAGAAAGUUGCCAUCAUGCUCCAAGGAAGGUUCAGAUCCUUAUGUGUCCUUCAUCCUUCAUCCUGACAAGAACAGAAACACCAAGAGAAAAACAAGCGUCAAAAAGCGAGACCUCAAUCCAGAGUUCAAUGAGAGGUUUGAUUUCCACCUUUCCCUGGAGGAAGCCGUGAAAAGACGGUUGGACUUGUCCGUCAAAAACAGCGGUUCUUUCAUGAGCCGUGAGAAAGAGACCAUUGGCAGGCUACAGUUAGAUCUGAAACAGAUUGACCUGAGGACAGGGGUUACACAGUGGUACGAUUUAACAGACGAGACCAAUUAAUCUGGCCUUUGUAUGCUUACAUGACAAAGCCAUUGCACCUGUAUGUCUGCAUGCUGCUAAUGUCACUUUACCUGUACAACACAGUGAAGGCAAAAACAUUGUUAUGCCAUUUUCGCUCUGUGCUUGCUCCAGUUUCCAGCAAUACCAAAUGCAUUGUUCGACAGACUGUAACUGUCAGUACAUGCCAGCAGAAUAUUAUGUGCCAUUUUGACCCAAAGGGUAUAAAAUUUGAGAAAGAACGGGUUUGAACCAGACAAAAGCACUAAAACAGUGUACCUCUAUGGUGAUCUUAAAUAGAGUUUCCUUGAUAAGUUUGAUCAUUUUAGCAUCAAAGACACAGGUUCUCAUGUUUUUCAUGUUUUACCGCUUUACAUAGCCGGUGUCUUAAGAUUUUUAAAAACUAUCUGUAUUUCAACUUCAAAGAUUCAUUCAAGCUUUACAGGAAUUUUAAAACAAAUAUUAGUUCCCCUCAGAUGCACUCAGAAUACACUGAACUAAACAGUAUAUACAGUUGUCACUGGGCUGCCCUUAAGGGUAUUUCUUUUGUAUCUUUCACAUGUAGAUUAUAGCGUACCUUUAAAACUAAUUUAAGGACUAUUAAUGGUUAUCCAAGUUACACCAAAUGCAACUGUCUAGGUAAAAGCUACACAUUAAAGAUAUCCAAAGUGUGUACGCUUUUAGUGACUACUCCAGUGAGAGAAAGAAAGGUAGAGUUUAGUACUGUUUCUUCUGAGAGUAUGUACACACAUUGUUUAGCUAUAUGCUGGUUUAAUUGCCUUUGUGUUUGCAUUUGUUUUUGUUUGCUUUAAACAUGUUUGCUCACAGCAUGGAACAUUUCUGUACACUGUGCAUUGACGUUUCUUUGUACGUGUGUAUAUCAGAAAUGUUGAAGAGACUGAGUUGUUUCGAAUUUAUCAAAAGAUAAAUAUCAGAAAUGUAUCACUGUGCUUUUUUCUAUCCAUUCCAAACAGAUUUGAGAUCAUCUUAUGAGGACUAAACUUGUGGAAGUCUUAUAUUUUUGUAGACAUGCCAAUUUAUCACUAAAGGUUGUGAAGAAAGUGUGUUAUAUAAAGAAGAGUAUGAGGAUUUGCAGUCUGUUGAUGCUGUCAUUUAAAAAUCUUUAUUGCAAAUGUUCAAUUAAAGAUAUUAUUUGCACUUUAAA